AUGAUUUGUUAUCUAGAAGAAAAAGAUAAAUUUAUUUGGUUUCAUCAUACAUGGAAACAUGAAAAAUUAACAAAUGUUUAUGAUAAAAUUUCAUUAUUUAGUUCAACAAAAAUGAACAUAGAUUUUGCACAAAAACACAACUUAUCGUUAGAUCCGAACUAUGCCGUAGCACCUCAUCAUACAGGUAUCUAUCCAAUCAAUCCUUUAGUUUAUGAUAUUUGGCAUCGUAUUAUCAAUUUCAAUGUAACAAGUACAGAAAAUUAUCCAUAUCAUUAUAUGUCUCCAUCAAAUCGUCGUGGUUUUAUAUAUAAAGGACUUUUUGUAUUACCACGACAAUCAUGUAGUUUAUAUACAACAACACGAAAUUAUACGAAUUAUCCAAAUGGUAGUCAUCGUUUAGAACAACAUUUAAUGGGUGGAAAAUUAUUUCGAAUAAUUUUAACAAAUCCAAUUUCAAUAUUUAUGUCACACAAUGUUAAUUAUGGUCAUGAUCGUUUAGGAAAUUAUGUUUUUUCUAAACUUAUUUAUUUAAUAUCAAAAUGGACAAGAAUUAAAUUUUCUAGUGAUUUAUCAACAUCUGAAUUAGCUCGAAAAUAUUUUUAUGAUUAUUAUCCAGAUGAAAAAAUGCCAAUAUUUACAAAUCCAUGUCAUGAUGAAAUGUUGAUGAAUCUUUGGAAUGGAAAUCGUUCAAUGUGUCGAAUAUUUCCACAAUUUUUAAUUGUUGGUCCACAAAAAACAGGUACUACCGCUUUAUAUAGUAUGCUUUCUCAACAUCCAGAUUUACAUCCAUCAAAAAAAAAUUUCAUAACUUAUGAAGAAUUACAAUUUUUUAGUAAUAAUACAAUCUAUUUAAAUGGUAUUAAUUGGUAUUUAGAUCAAUUUGAUUCGGACAACAUUGUUUCUGAAUGGUCGAUGAAUUUUGAAAAAUCAGCAACUUAUUUUGAUUCUAUAUUGGCUAUGAAACGUAUAAAAGCAUUGUUACCAAAUAUUCGUUUGAUAAUGAUACUUACGGAACCUGGUGCUCGUGCUUACUCCCGAUAUCAACAUGAAAUUGCUCGAACUAAUCAAACAAUUAAUUUUGAUGAUUUAUUACAAUUAAAUCAUAAUCAUAGUUCAAAUCAAUUUCAUUUAAAAGAACGUUGUCUUCAACCUGGUCAUUAUGCUGAAUAUCUUCGUCAAUGGUUAAAUUAUUUUCCAUCGAAACAAAUUUAUAUCAUUGAUGGUGAUGCAUUUCGUUAUGAUCCUCGUACAAUUCUUAAUGAUAUUCAAAUAAGAUUUCUUCAAUUAAAAAAUCCUAUUAAUUCAUCAAAACUAGUCAAAUUUAAUAGAAAAAAAGAUUUUUUUUGUCCAAUAUCAAAUAAAAAUCAUUUUCAAUGUCUUGGAAAUAGUAAAGGACGUCAUUAUGAAAAAAUGUCGUCCUAUUCACGUGAAUAUUUAAAUAAUUAUUAUUUAUUACAUAAUCAAAAAUUAAUACAAUUUCUUAGAAAUAAUAAUUAUUCAUUACCAUUAUGGUUAAUCUUUUUUAAUCGAACACAAUUAAUAAAAAGAUUUUUUUCUUUAUCAAAUAUUUAUCAUGCUGCUGAAGGUCGAAUGGGUUAUCCUAAUGAAAGAUAUGAACCAACAACAAUAUCAGCGUUAGAUAAAGAAAAUAAAACUUUACCAUUAAUAACUGGUUUAUAUGAAGAUGGUUUUAUGAUUGCUGAACAAGAUAGAAUUGUUGGAGCAAUUUUUUCAUUUCCUAGACAAAUUAUUUGUUGGAAUGUUUAUUCACCAGAUCAAAUAACACCUGAAUCUUUAGCUUUAUUAGAAGUAAUUCUACCUCGUCCAGAAAUUUUUAUUUUGGGUAUUGGUUCACGUACAAAUAAAAUUCCUCCUGAAACUAUUCAAUUUAUACGUUCAUUAAAAAUUGGUUUUGAAAUAUUACCAACAACACAAGCAUGUGAAACAUUUAAUUUUCUAUUAUCUGAUAAUCGUCUUGUUUAUGCUGGAUUUUUUCCUCAAAAUGAUCUUACUGAUCAAAAUUAUGGUUUAAGAAAAGCUAUUGCACAUAGUCAAUUAUAUGAAAAAGAUGAAGAAUAUAUUAGAAAAGAUUUAUUAAAAGAUACAUAUGAAGUGAUGAUAAAAGCUCAUCGAGAACGAAAACUAUUAAGUUCAUAUUCACCACUUGAUAGACGACAGUCUUCUAUUAAACAAGAUGAUGAUACUAAUGUACAAUCAUUAACUGGUACAAGUAAUAUGGAAAAAAGACCUUCAGUUAAAAAACGAGAUCAACAAGAAACAGAUAAUCAAAGCUAA